AUGGCCCAAGUCAUCUGGAAUGCCGAUAUCGACGUGUAUAAUCCGCUGGUGAUUCCAUUGCUGGUGGCCAAAACCAUCGCCUGGUUUCUUGAUGUACCCGAUUUGCUUCUGUUCUCGAAAAUAUCAAGAAACACCUACAAAGCAGUCAAUGACCCGCAACUCUGGAUCGAUAAGCUAGAUAAGAUGGGCGUGUGGCAAACAGGACUACUUGCACGACGAGAUGAGCUCGUGGGCUUGAAGUUUGAGUGGCUAGACGACCCAUUGACGUGUUUGGAGAGAAUAUACAAGAUCCCCAAAAUCGCAAAGUAUCAGGUCCUCCGAAUAAGAAGAAGCUUGCACAUAUUCUACGCUGACUUACAAGAGAACGUUCCGUAUGAGAAGCUCAAGCUCUUUAAGAGCUUCCACACCCCGCAAGAGCAGUCAAAAAUAUUAAGCAAUCUCUUGAAGUACAAUGCCAUGAACCCCGAAGAAACAGUACGCAGUAUCGUGGGUGAAAAGAUCACCGACCUACUAGAGAUCUUUGAAAAUGCGUUACUACGAGAGCUAGAGAUUCACUUUGAUAUUCAGGACUACGAGAGAACACGAGAGUUCGUGGAGAUUCUUGUCGAAUUGAAGAAUGAGCAAACCCUUAUAGACUUUUUUCUCCAAAAAGUGUGCUUUGAUAACGAUACUACCAAGUUUCUCAGUCUGGACGCAUUUGACGUAAACGAGUUUUUUGUUAUCAAGCCGACUGGUGAUCUUCUCGCCGAUCUGACCAAGGAGGACGAGGAUACACCAACGCAAUGGAUCUUAAAUGAGGCCAGGCUAGAUGUUUUUAUUCAGGACUUGGCCAACGUUUUUAAUGACGUUUCGAGAGUAAUUGAUUUAAUCUUUCCUCAGACAAUUCCUAUGAUGUACAAGGUCAGCGAAGAGUUAAUUUCUAAUCAACUCCAAGACGUAAUCCUUGUUUUAGUGUCCACAUCGAAGGAACGUGGAACUUACUUUGAAAUGGUUACACGGCUUUAUGUGAAGCUUACAGAGGGCUUCCUCCAAAAACUCAAUCCAAGUGAAAACGUCGGCGAAAGCUAUGUGCGUUUGACAAGACUGCUUCUUGACGUUUCGUAUGAAUCAAUUGCCGCUGAAUAUUUGAAUGAGGAGAAAGCUGCUUUCAAGCAGCAAUGCUCUGAGAAAAUUGCCGAGUGGCGAGAAAACAUGGUCCAAAGGGAAAGGGAGACUACCGAGAAAAUUCUUAAGCACGUAAAGGUAGAGUCCAAAAAUGACUUCUUACUGAGUUUCAAAAAGGUAUUCACCAUUACCGGGAACAGUCAGGAUAAUACAAAGACUGACAAUGGGGAACAGAUUAUGAAUUACUCAAAGGUACAGGCACAGGCUAAAAUUUUGGCCGAGAACAUCAAGUCUUUACGAAGCGUCUUCAGUCCGGAAUUGUCUCUCAAUGUUCUCAAUGAUACAAAGACAUCCCUUGCCCGACUCCUUCUGUUUGAUGACUACACCGUGUCUGCAUUGCGUUUCGAUACAUAUGCAGCAAUGCAAGAAGAGUUCAUCAAUGUCGUCGACGGAAUAUCCAAUAACCAUCUUAGAGAGGGAUUCGACAAGGCUUUAAAAUACCUCAAGGAUUACAAUCCAAGAGACGUGUCUAUAGUUGAUAAUGACAAGAAAACUGCAAUCGAGCCCCUUGUCAUUUUCUUUGAAGCCAUUAACAUGGCGGAUGUGAUUGUUCAAAUGAUUGAUAUUUUUUACAAAGAGGAAAUUAUGCAGAGAAAAUUGCUGAAGCACGAAAACCUGGUUCUCAAUCCGUCGUUGCAAAGUAAGAAAUCUGCGGAGGCUCUUGUUGACAAGUAUGUGGCCGACGGUUUGCACAUCGGUAUUGAUGUAUUGUUCAAAGAAAUAGAGUCGGUUUACAUCUCUCGUUUAAAAGACUCGGACUACAAUCCACCACCGUCUAAGGUUCAUGUUCUCGAGGGCCCCACAGUUGCUGCACAACAUGCGGUACAGAUACUUGAUGAUAAUAUCGAUUUGCUUGUCGAUUGUGCUGAUAAACCCAUUGUUGAGGUUUUUCAACAAGAGGUUGCUGAGCGCUUCUUUCAAGUCAUAGUGAAGUGCUUGAAACGAAGUACUAUUUCAGAGGAUGGUGCUGUGACGCUCAUUUCUGACCUCAAUCUUUACUACGACUUCAUUGUUACACACGUUAAAAGCAACAAACGCAUGAUCUUUCCAUUGUUCCAGGCUUUGAAAAAGGUUGGCUCGAUUUAUUUGAUUGGUGGAGAAGAUGCUAAAGCCAUCGGGCAACUCAUCAGCGACUUGACGAAGUUUAAUGGUAUUUUCAGCCAGGAGGAAAUCUAUGAGUUUGUACAAAGGAGGGCGGAUUGGCCUUUAAUCAAGAAGCAUGUGCAGAAAGUCAUGUACGGAUUAAGCCUUAUCGAUUGCAGUAUUGUUUGA